CAGUAUGGGCCCACAAGAACCCUAAUGAGGCCCAAAAUCUUGAGACCUUAUCCGAUGUACCACAGCCCAUCAAUCCACAACCAUUUUUUGGGCAAAACAGCGAAUAAAUUAUGUCCACGUGUCACAUAAUUCGCUUAGACCCCACCCCACGUCAGUCUCGUUUUCCUCGUCAAGCAAGCAAGCGAUUUGGAAAUCGAGAAAAGAAAAAGUCGGAAACUUUUCUCGUCACUUUCCAGGUAGUUUCCCUUCCGCCUAACUGGACCAAGAAAAUUUUGGCGGUGGGAAGCAACGUUGAAUUCUGCACUCUACCAUAGAGUUGGAGAUAUUUCUCGAAAGCUUUCUACAUUUUUCACGUAAUCUCUGUCGAUUUUAUUUGUUCAGUAACCAAGAUCAUGUGGAUUCCUUUACCGUAUCGCUUCGAUUGACGUCUUACAUCGAUUUGAUCGGAAUUUUUUUAGGGUUAGGUGUACUAGGAAUAACUGUUUGUGUUGUCAUGGAGGAAUCGGGAAAUGACAGCAACGUUGUCGUUUCACCGCCCGCGAAAUGGAGAAGCGAUUUCACGAGGAAUUUCCAGAAUUACCUGGACAGUUCCGCCCCUCACUUCGGUCGGAGAUGGCUGGUGACAUUGGCGGCUGCUGUGAUCUACGUCUUGAGGGUUUACUAUAUCGAAGGGUUUUACGUCAUCUCGUAUGGCCUCGCUACUUACAUCUUGAACCUCUUGAUCGGUUUCCUCUCACCUAAGGUCGAUCCAGAGCUCGAGGCUUUCGAUGGUCCUCUCCGGUCUAACGUAGGUUCUGACGAGUUCAAGCCUUUUGUUCGUCGCCUUCCUGAGUUCAAAUUCUGGUACGCAGCAACAAAGGCCUUUGUUGUUGCGUUUCUCAUAACUUUUGUCUCCCUCUUGGAUGUCCCUGUCUUCUGGCCGAUCUUGUUGUGCUACUGGUUGUUUCUGUUUAUCCUCACCAUGAAACGCCAACUGGUACACAUGAUCAAGUACAGAUACGUUCCUUUUGACUUUGGAAAGCAGAGGAGCUCCGGCAAUGAUACUUGUAGAAGCGGCAAUGCAUCAUCUGGGACUGGAAAGACAGCUUGAUGUGAAUCUUGGACCGGACACUGUUUUUUUGCGUUUUCCCGCAAGUGACAAGAACUAGAGCCAGAGCAAAUCAGCAUAGAAGGCAAAGUAAGUGUUUUGAGGGCUGGCAGAAUUGAGUAAUCUUCCUCCUUCGGUUGAAGUUGG